AUGAUAGGUAAGAUAAACUACUUUCUUGGACUUCAAAUUAAGCAAUUAAAGAAUGGAAUAUUCAUCAACCAAUCCAAGUAUUACAAAGAGUCGUUGAAAAGAUUUGAUAUGGAUAAUUGGAAAGCAAUGGCUACUCCAAUGGGUUCUGGAACUUAUGUAGAUCAAGAUGAGACUGGUGUUUCAAUUGAUAUCACUAAAUAUCAAGGUAUGAUUGGUUCAUUAUUAUAUUUGAUGGAAAGUCAUCCUGACAUUAUGUUUAAUGUUUAUCUUUAUGCACGGUUUCAAGCAAAUCCGAAGGAAUCGCAUCUUGUCUUCGUGAAGAGAAUCAUGAAGUUACGAAACUCAUCGGAAAAGCAUAAGUGGUAUAUGUCAUAUCCUAUGAACGCUCUCAUGUCAUGGUCCUGUAAAAAGAAAUCAUGUGUGGCUCUUAGUACAGCUGAGGCAUAA